GAAAGAAGUCACUGUACUUAGAAGAAAGUUACUUCUUCAUUUAGGAAGAAUUUCAGAUGCUUCAUACUUUAUUUGCUUUUUUGCCAACACAAUGAAGGAAAUGUCCUGCUUCUGCAUGACUUUUUCUUCCUUGUUGGAACAGAUGGUGAAGGCUUACAAAUAUAUGACUGGUAUUUUUUUAGUGACUCAUACCUCAGAGCAACAGGCUUCAGAUCAUGAUAAGCAGCCAACCAAGAUGGAUGUAAGCUUACUUGAGGAGCAGUAUGACCAUAUAAAACAGAAGCAAAAACUGCAAUCACACAUUAUUGUAUUUAAAACAGGUGAAAAUGAAUCUGUUCUCCCAGAAUCAAUGGUCAAUGCUGUUUUAAUUAAUAAAAAAGUUAGAAGAUCAAAGUCGUUUACAGAACGUGUGCCUGUCAGAAAGGUCAGACUGGAGGCGACCAGCAGUGGCACCGUACAAGACAACUCACUAUGGCGUACCCACCUGGGCAUUCACCGCCUGGUGCAAGCCCCUUGUCAAGGGGUUUCCUGGGAUCCUUCCCACUGCAAGAACGGACCGUGCAGUUUCAACAAUCAGAGACUGAUUUCACAGGGAAACGGCACCCUGCAACCCAAGGAAUUAGAAGGAGCAAGUGAACUAUCUGCGCUCAGUCAACUGGGAAGUUCAAGCACGUUGAACAGUUGCAGCAAAGAGAACGGCAGCAACAUUUCAAGCACCUGCCAAAAGCCUCCUCUGAAAUCAGCCACUUCAGCAGUUUGGACACAUCAACACAUUUCUUCUACAAAAUGCAUGCCAGCCCACAAUAAACUGAACUUUUACCCUUUCCCUAUAAAAAAGGGCCCAGAAUUUCUGAAGCAGCAAGGAGGCUUGGAUUAUAUGUCUCACAAUGAAGACAUUCAGUAA